AUAUGUGUUGGCAUGUGGACUAAUAUGUUGUUGAGUUGUGUUCUUACACUCGUACAGUCAUGCCCUAUGAGAGAUGUAUGACUGCGCAUGUGCGAAAAUAAAUAAAGUGCAUUUUCCCCCGUUCUGGUUAAAACACCAAUGAUGAACAUGUGUGUUUAUUCCUCCGUUAAGUAAACCGGUAUUCCUGUCCUGAAGAUGUCAGCACCAACAGGUUAUGGGCCCAGGAGGGAACAUGGAAGCCGAUGGAAUAGAUUAUAUUUCGACGGAGAUGAAAAAAACUACGAGUUAUGGGAGACAAAGUUUUUGGGGCACUUGCGUUUGCUUGGGCUAAAGGCCGCCAUAUUGAGCGUGGAUGAAGAUGAAGAAGACGGAGAGAAAAAUGAAGAAGCCUACGCCGAAUUGAUACAGGUUUUGGAUGAUAAAAGUCUUUCCCUGAUAAUGAGAGAAGCAGCAGAUGAUGGGAGAAAAGCGUUGAAGAUAUUGAGGGAACAUUAUGCAGGUAAAGGGAAGCCACGUGUGAUUAGCCUCUACACUGAACUAACUUCUCUUCAGAAAGCCGCUGACGAAAGUGUUACGGACUAUAUAAUUCGUGCUGAGACGGCUAUUACAGCACUGAGAAAUGCUGAAGAGACUUUAAGUGAUGGGCUGUUGAUUGCAAUGAUUCUGAAAGGUUUGCCCGAAUCAUUUAAGCCGUUUGCCAUCCACAUUACGCAGAGUGACGAGCCGACAACUUUUGGCAAGUUCAAAACCAAGUUGAGGAGCUAUGAAAGCACCGAGAAGUUUAGCGCCAUUUCCACUGACAACGUGAUGAAGGCAAGUAACAUUAAAGUUAGCUGGCCAAGAGGGAGAGAUAAAGGGACCGAGAUAACCUGCUUCAACUGUGGCCAGAAACGGCACAAGGCCCGGGAAUGUACCGUUACUGGAGAGCGCAAAGAACGGAGACAGUGGUGUACUUUUUGCAAGAGCUCCACUCAUACUGACGCAAAUUGCAGACGAAAAAGAAGAGACAAUGUGAAACAAGCAACAGAUGCUGAAAGCCACACAUUUGCAUUCAGAAUAAGUGACUGUCAGGUUAGUGGACUGAAACAGAAAGGGCUGAUGGUGGAUACGGGAGCAACGUCACAUAUAGUCACGGACAUCGGGAAGUUUAAGGAGUUUGACGAGACUUUCAAACCGGAAAAACAUUCCGUGGAGCUGGCUGACGGAACAAGAACGAAUGGUGUCGCGGAGAGGAGAGGUGCAGCUGAGGUUUACCUGAGAGACAACACGGGUCGUCGGGUAAAAACAACGCUGACGAAGGCGCUGUACGUGCCGUCGUUUCCACAGGACAUUUUCUCUGUUAAAGCAGCGACAGCCAACGGAGCUUCAGUCAACUUUCGACAGGGGUGUAACAAGCUCAUCCACAAGAACGGUACCACUUUUGACAUCGAGGAGUACGAUAGACUUUACUAUCUUAACACUGUAAGUGAUGAAAAUGAUGAUGGAUGUCAUGGGUGCUAUGAUAUUCACACAUGGCACAAAAUUCUUGGGUUACAUGUUUGGAAUAUAAACUGACAUUUGUGAGAUGAAUAACUGUAAGCUAAAUGUGUUGAUAAAGUUAGGUUGAAUACGACUUGUACAGUAUAAGAGCAAGUGGGGGUGUUGGCAUGUGGACUAAUAUGUUGUUGAGUUGUGUUCUUACACUCGUACAGUCAUGCCCUAUGAGAGAUGUAUGACUGCGCAUGUGCGAAAAUAAAUAAAGUGCAUUUUCCCCCGUUCUGGUUAAAACACCAA